AUGUCAUUAUUAUUAAGUGAUAACCCAUUGUGUGAUUUAAGUCGAUAUCAAUUGUAUUCAAUGGUUAACGCAUUGAGACGUGAACAAUUUAUUGAAUCAAUUGAUGAAACAAUUGAUGAAAACUUAAUUAAGAAAGAAAUUGAUUCACUGAUUGUCACCAAAAGCUGUUCCGUGUCUUUAAAGACAUUCAAAAAUGAAAAAAAUUUCAGUCAAUUAAACGAUCUGAAAUCAAUUGAUUGUCAAACAUGUAUUGAAUUACGAGAUGAUUGGACACAAACUGAUGAUAACUCUAAACAUAUCAUUGAAUUAAAUAAUGAAGUCAUUGAAGACAUUGAUUGCAAUAAAAGUUAUUUGACAACUAAUAUAUCGGAAGUUUUUAAUGCAAAUUGUGAUACAAUUACUGAUAAUAGGGAUCGACUAUUAAACGAUGAUAUUGUUGUUGUGGAUGAAAACUGUAUCGACAUUAGUGGUGAUAAUAAAAAUCAAUUACAAUGUGAUCAACAAGUUGUUGGCCAACCAUCAAAUGGUUAUACAUUAACAACUAAUGGAUCAAUCAAUUCUACUAACAAUGAUUGUGACAGUAAUGAUGACAUAUUUGAUGAAUAUAUCGAUGAAUGUUGCGAUGAUUCAGAUGAAGAUAAUUAUAAAAAGAAUAAUAAAAAGAAUAAGAAGAAGAAGUUAAAUACUGAUAAUAAUAAUAAUUUAAACAAAAAUGUGGAUCAAGUGAACAGUACAGUAGAUACUAAUAAUACCAGUGAUAAUAGUAGUGGUGAUCAACAACAGCUUAUCUGUUUGUGGAAGGAUUGUUGUAAAGUGUUUACCACUUUUGAUAAGUAUUCAGAUCAUAUACGAAGACAUGGAUCAGAACAUAGUCUUACCGUUAGGCCAUUCCGUUGUCAAUUAGGUGACUGUUGUUCAUCAUUUAAAGUGAGAUGUGAUCUUACGAGACAUAUAAUGAAAUGUCAUUUAGACACAUAUCGGUGCGAUUACAAGGGCUGCUCAUACAAGACUGGCCACAAGAAACUGUUUAUAUCCCAUCAAAGCAGUCAUUCAACGGUCAAAUCAGUCAAAUGUGACUACAAUGGCUGCAAUGCAAUGUUCAAAUCGGAAACUAAUCGUAAACAACAUCAACUCUCUAUACACCCUGACAUGUGGCCAGACGUGCCGUGGCGUAAGUGUCCGUACGCCGGGUGUGCGUAUAAAACCAAAUAUUCAGACAAUAUGUACAAUCAUAAGAAACGACACACCAGACCACAUAAAUGUGAUGAAUGUGGUAAAGGGUUUAACGAUAAUAAUGUAUUACAAGCACAUCGGCGCACACAUAACAGUGCUCUUAAGUUCGGGUGCGAUUGGCCCGGUUGUGAGCGACUUUUUGCCCGCAAACAAGUACUGGCCAGACAUUUGAAUUCACAUACCGGCCAAAAGAUAUACCGAUGUGAUUGGCCAGACUGUGAUAAACAGUAUGUGGUCGAGGGAUCACUAGCUCUGCAUAAAAUGCGUACUCAUAAGGGUUGGUCUGAAUAUCGGUGCCAUUGGCCGGCCUGUGAUUAUCAGACAACUAAUACCAUACGAUUUACAUAUCAUAUGCAAAAACAUGACGGAUCAGUACCGGUAUAUGAAUGCCAAUCAAUUGACUGCAACUAUAAGACCAAAAUGAAAGACGCGUUUGAUAUACAUAUGAAAACUAAACAUAAUUAA